AUGAAAUCCGCCGGGAGCCGGGACGACAAAUCUCCAGCUAGUACCACCAAAAUUACAUCGGGCGAAGAUUCUGCCGAACCGGCUCCAAAUCACGACGUUGCAACCCCUCGACGAGCCAGCGCCGCGUCAAAUAGCCUUCUCCAGCGCGAUGUCGAAUCAGAUACCUCACGUAGGGACACAGACGAUGAUACCACACCCCGGGGGUCCAGAUUCCAUGACACGUUCGACAUGUGCGGGGGCCAGUAUAGUCGGCACGCAAGCGUCCCCUCUGCCAGCGGGCGAGCAAAGGAUGCCGGGUCCGGGGUGGACAGCCGGGCAUCUUCGACCAUCGGUGACCGAAUACCACCUCUCAACGAGAUGCUUCGGCCGCUGAGAGAAGAUACAGACAGUCUAUCGUCGAACCCCAGCAUGUCUCAGCUCCAUGACAGAGUGGGAACGCCAGACGUUGACGGCAGCCCCAGCCAUCCAAGCUUUGGCGGUGCCAAGAUAGAAGAUUCCUUCCCGGAGGCGCUUCUCAAUUUCUCCAACACUGCCAGCAGUUACUACAUCGUCGAGGCCAAACCGGACCCGAUGGGAGUCUACCUUCAUCGACCCCCAGGUGGGAUAGCACCGUACCAGAUCGAACCGGUGUCGGUUGAAUUGGCAGCAUCGUCGGGGGGGCAUCCUGCAUACCUCGUCAUGCAGGCGAGUGAAGAGAUAGCAAGGACGGACGAACCGAGCAGCGUCGCCGGAUGGGUCCCACGUAAUCCUAACCGGACGGAGGGGUUUUCCUCGUCAGGACUCGGUACCCAACAUCUAGGCAGAGAAGUCGGCAACUUGGACCCCACCAGUCACGGACGCCCUCACCGAGGGGCUGCGGAUGGAUUCCUGCGGAUGGAGGACGGUACAAGGAACCGCGCCCAUUCCGAUAGCGGCCGCUUAGGGAUCUCGCCAAUGACCGAGAAAACGCUCCGCGGAUCAGCGAGCUGCUCGUGGGCAUUACUCGGGUCGCAGAGCCCCGGUGGCGACGGCCUGUCACUUGCUGUCGACUCGGAGAAGAAAAAGGCACUUGGGGAUACGGUCUGCAGUAGGGACUGGGGUGAUGAAGUCACAUCCUUGAGAAAAUACCCCCCCGCAAGAUCCAUCCUGCGGGAGACGUCGAUAUACGAUCAAGGCGCCCUUGGAAAAUCACCUCAUCAAGCCUCCAAAGCGAUCUCCUUCCCAAACCUGCGAUCCGAGAACAGCGACGCGAGGCCGCGAAGCUUACACGAUCAACCAGGAUCUGGUGGUGAGGCCUGCGACCACAAUCUCGGCCUCGGUACAGUCUGCAAUCCGGGGAGUCUGUCGGUCCCCCGUACUGAACAGCCCCAGCAGGGCAGCCAGCCGUCUGCAAACGAUGAGAUCCUCCAGGAGACGCAGACACGGGUCGAGGGAGAAGACCAAGACCUUCCCUGCGAGGCCGCUGGAGCAACGUUUCGCUGA